AUGGCUUCUGGAGCAGUGUUCAAUUUGUCUGAUUCUAGUCUUCUCAAAAUCCAUAAAGGUGACAUCACCGAGUGGUACGUGGAUGCGAGAACCGAUGCUAUUGUCAAUUCAGCAGAUAACCGAAUGAUAGGUGGUGGUGGCGGCGUUGAUGGAGCAAUACAUAGAGUUGCUGGGCGACACCUGAGAACAAUGUGCUGUGGCGUCCCUCAAGUUAGUCCUGGAGUGCGUUGUCCAACCGGUGAGGCAAGAAUCACUGUGGGUUUCAAUUUGUAUGCAUCUCAUGUGAUUCACACUGUUGGACCCGUCUAUGAAUCAGACGUCAACCCUAAAGAAUCGCUCACCAGUUCUUACAAAAAUAGUCUUAUAGUGGCGAAGGAAAACAACAUCAAAUACAUUGCAUUUCCUGCCAUAUCUUGUGGGAAUUCUCGAUAUCCUAAAAAUGAAGCUGCUAUGAUCGCUAUAUCAACGAUUAAAGAGUUUGCCAAUGACUUUAAAGAGGUGCAUUUUUUGUUGUCUGCGGACGAUACCUAUAACGUGUGGGUAAACAAAGCAAAUGAGUUGCUACAAGAAGCUUAA